AUGGUCUACGACAUCUACCAAGACUGGUGCAAACGAGUCAACUCCUCUGCCGGAUCUACUGUGAGCAACGAAGAUAGCACAACAAGUUGUGAUUUUCAACUCGUGGACGAGCACAUUUUAAAGAUCUUCGACGGCUCUUCUCAAGAGGAGUUGACAGCUCAAUUCAUCCGAAAUCAAGCGAUGAAAAUAGCGAGCCAUCUUGGUUUGAGCGAUUUCAACGCCUCUUCAAACUGGCUUGCUCGAUUUCUAGAGCGGCACAAUCGAUCCUCGGAAUCGUUCCUCAACGAGUUGCGCCGGAAAAGAGAAAGCCCUUUGUCCGACUUUCCUUUGGCGAGAAACACAUCAUCUCGAAAUUCAUCAUCGCGAAUCCAAAACUUCCAAAACUGCCAGAUCUUUUCGAAGAAAUGGGCAAAAAAUGUGAAUAGAACGCACAUCGCCAGAAUCAAGCAAAACUUCAAAACUGCCGAGCAGAUUUUGCACGAAGACAUGGUCGCUUCAAUCACGGAAGAUUAUCAUGAAAGCUCUUCAAGACCGACAAUGGUUCCGCAAUUCAGCCACGAAAAUGAUGAGCGAAAAUUGGGAGUUCCGCUGACCCACUGCCCAGUAAUCAAGAAAAGAAAAAAUUCGCUCUUACAAGCUGAUCAACCGUCAACAGUGAUCCAGACGAUUUCAGACGACUCCGGAGAUGAACAACAAAGACCAAUCUUCAAAUACGGACAGCCAUAUUCUCAAAUGGUACAAACGAGCCCUCCAAUCGACCAACAAGCGGCUCAAAUACUUCGCUGUCCACAGUGUUCCAUCAUUCUCUCCUCUCCUGAAGAAUUCUGGGGGCAUCUACGCGAAAACCACUAUUCAAUCCUUUACUCAAACGCCUGCCAGCCUCUUCUUUCCCCGGAUUCGAAAGGAAUUUAA